AUGGUAACUGCCACCAGAGUGAGUUGUGGGAUUCCAGAUCUCCACAUUUUUCGAAGCUAUUCUCCGAAUGGAGGUUCCAACUCGGAUUUUAUCUGGAGCGCGGCCAAACUAACUGGAGCUGCGCCUUACUAUUUCCGGAUGGAGCACGCCGACUUGGUAGAUGGAGGACUACUUGCUAAUAAUCCAAGCCUUGACGCACUCUCGGAACUAAGCAAGAUUCGGAAAAGUUCUUUGCAUACAGAAAUUUGGGGAAAGAAUCCAAAGAUGUUUGUCUCGUUAGGAACAGGAUUUAAGGCAGAUGUCGACUAUACGGCAGCAUAUCUAAAUUUGUCCUCUAAAUCCAUCGCAUCCUCAACAAAGUCACUAUCAACCUUAACAAACACGAUAAAGUUCUUUAUGGAGCUGACAACUGCGUCCAAUGGGCCCUUAAUUUCGAGAGCUAAAUCUUGGUGUGAUGACCUUGGAACGGAAUACUUCCGGUUUAACCCUCCUCUAUUACGAGAAUAUGAAAUAGAUGAAGUGGAUGAUUCUCUUUUAGUGGAUCUUUUAUUUGAGACACGAAUAUAUAUGAUUGGUCAACAGAAAGAGAUUGAAAGAUUGUAUAAUUUGGUGCUUAAUUAA